UUUGGCGGGCCGAGGCCUAGUAUGGCAAGAUGGAGGAUAGCGAAAACAAGAUCGCUCUACUCCUCUCCCAUCUCACGGACCUCCUAGCAACAUGCAUUACACAGCAGGAGGACAUCCACAGCCUCGACGACACACUGACUCAAGUCCACGGCUGCCUCCGCCAACUGGAGCAGCGACCUGUCGCCGCCCCCGAUGCCAGCUCUUCCAACACCUCCGAUCGCCUCGAAGCAUUGGAGAUGGACGUCGGCUCCCUCAAGGACGACGUGCAGUUACAGCAAGCUGCAACGCCGUCGACAACUCGAGUUCGGAACCGCGCGAGACAGCUGGAGCAGCGGAUCUGUACUGCCGCCGACAACUCGAGUUCGGAACCGCGCGAGACAGCUCCAAAGUUCGACGGGCAGGAGAUUUUCUGCGACUCGACGAAGACAGAUCCGAUUCCAUGGUUUCGCAAGUUCGAGCUCACGCUGCAGCUACACUACGUCAAAGAACACAAGCACCACGCGUAUUUAUACUCCCGGUCAGGGGGCGCGUGCCAAGCAUGGUUGGACAAGAUCUUGUCCGAGUACGGAGUAGUAGUUGGCGACUUGCAUACCAAGAUCAGCUGGGAUGAUUUGAAGGCGGCGUGGCAUAAGCGGUUCCAAGUGGAGCUGCCGAAGAUCAAGGGAAUGGACAAGCUAAUGGUCUUCGAACAAGGCACGUUGUCGAGUGUCGACUGGAUUGCCGAAUACCAACGCUUGACAUCCGUCCUAGACAUCCAAAUGGGCUUCAAAGCCAUCCGCCACUAUUUUAUCUCAAGGUCGUGUCCGGCAUUGAACAAUACCUUGACUCACAUCGAGGACACCCUGACGACAACGGCGGAACUCUUUGACAAGGCCGCGCAGAUUAUUAUAACGAACAAGGAGGCUAAGAACUUGCGUUCGUCUGCGGCAGGCCCGGGCAGAGAACAGCAUCGGUCGAAAGUGACCGUGUUUACCAAACUAGUGACCGCCCUUCGUUCCGAGGCGCAUGCGGAAGUCGAUAGUCCUCUUCUUUAUUCUUUUGAGGACUAUGCAGCCCGGCUCGUUCCUACGCUGGGUACUCAAGCUCAAGGACAAGACGUGUGUGCGACAUCUUCUCCAUCCGACGGCGGCGACUUAUCGUCUUCAAGUUGUUCUUCACGAGUUUCGGCGCACGAGUUCAACAUAGAGGUAUUGGACCCGCUCACGUCCGARGAUUUCGCAUGGCUUCCUCUCCCGACUACGGGCCGCUUGCCGGGACCUCAAUGCACACCAUUCUGCGCUCAUUUCCAUACGUACUUAUCCUUCUAUGCACCACCAACUUCGCCGACGGAUGACGAAGUCGCGGUGGGGGACAUCCUUGCGUAUGUUACCAAGGUGGCCCGCGAGUUUCGCACGCAGCGGUACGAUGACAACAACGCACCGCUCAUGUAUGUCUGCAUCCAGGUUGGGCAAGCGUCCUGCAGCGCUUUGCUGGAUAGCGGCGCGUCUCGCAAUUUCAUGAGCCAAACCUUUACGCAAAGGGUUGGCCUUGGCGCACAAGUUCGGAGGAAGGCAAACCCGACGGCUAUCAAGUUGGCGGAUGGAAAGACGCAGCGACUUCUCGACCGUUACAUCGAGGCCGUACUAAUGUAUUUCGCACCUCAUGCAUGUGAACCGGUGACGUUCGACAUUUUGGACAUGGACUUCGACAUUAUUUUGGGAAUGCCUUGGCUUGCAAGUGCGGAUUACACGGUCAACUUCCACCUGCGGACUCUUAACGUUCGCGACGCCUUCGGCGCCGAAGUGUCGUGUACUGUUCCUCUUCCGCACCCUUCGACUCGGUGCCAAGUGGUGACGACCAAAUCAUUCCGGGCGACUUGUGCUUAUGAGCAGCCCGAGGAAAUCGGCCUAUGUUUCCUACGGACCGUCACGGUAGCCGACUCUUCACCCACGGACUUGUCUUCGGACCCCCAGGUGGUGCGGUUGCUGGACGAGUUCGCCGACAUCUUCGAGUCACCUACCGGUGUGGUGCCGGAUCGGCCGAUCUCUCAUGAGAUCAUUCUUGAGGCCGGCGCCGUGCCACCGAAAGGUUGCAUCUAUCGGAUGAGCGAGGAGGAGCUUGAGGUCCUCCGCGCACAACUCGACGACGUGUUGGCCAAGGGCUGGAUCCGCCCUAGUAGCUCCCCAUAUGGAGCACCAGUUCUCUUCGUCCGAAAGAAGAACAAGGAUCUACAAUUGUGUAUCGACUACCGCAAGCUCAACGCGCAAACCGUCAAGAAUGCGGGGCCUCUUCCUCGCAUCGACGAUCUUCUUGAGCGAUUGGGACGCGCAAAGUAUUUUUCUAAGUUGGAUUUGAAGUCGGGAUAUCAUCAAAUCUCGGUCUAGCCGAACGAUCACUACAAAUCCUCGUUCAAGACGCGGUACGGGCAUUUUGAGUGGGUGGUCAUGCCUUUCGGCCUC